UUUUCUAACAGGAUUAUAUAUUUCAGAAUAUCUAUGCAUAAUUAAAUUGAUGAAUGUUUUUGUUUCUUGAUGCAGACCCCCUCUGCAUUUCUCUAUAAACUGAAACAUCAUCUUCCCAAACAUAUUUCAACUUAAUGUGAAAACAACAGACCAUUAUCGGCCAUUUCAAGUUACACGCCAUUGGUUUUAUUGAGACUUGUCACGCUGGCCGUGACUCUUAAGUGGACCCUCUAAAUGAAAAGAGGUUUGUAUCUGCUUCUACCACUACUUUGGCAAGGAAUAUACUUUGCCAUUAAAACUUACUUUUGAACAGAAGGGACAUUUGCUGUAAUUAAGGGUACUCUUUUCUACCUUUAAAACAUUUAAGGCCUACCUAGUGGAUUUAAUGUAGAAACAAGAAUGAUUAAGGAUAAAAUAACUACAUUUCAAAUUGAUAUGAAUCAAUUAUGUGUGCCUAUGUGAGUUUAUACGUAAUUAACAUUAUAAUUUGCUGCAAAGGUGGUGAUCAUGUUGUAAAACACAAGUGUGGUCAUUCAGGAAUAAUUAAAUCCUCAAAGCACACAUGUUGACUUCUGCAGGAAAUGUGUAAUGCAGUUAAUUUCAAUAUAUUGAAAAAAAAACAACAUACAUGUACACAUUCAAGUCAAAUAAUUAACAUUUUAAUUAAUUCUUUUCACAAUAAUGUAACUGAGUAUCUCCAUUUGUUUCAUUGCCUUGACACUCAGGGAUUCCUUAACCAAUAAGGCAGUAGAUAUUUCUCAGGAGUACCCUAAAAGUGAAUGAAAUGACCCGCCCUCCCCAUCUGACACACACUGUAUAAAGCACAGGCAAUGUUGGGAAUCUGACAAAGGUACCUUGAACAGCGAGAAAGCCGACUACAGCAGAAGUGUUGCAUUAUAAUGGUCCACUCCAGUGCUGUGAUGUCGCUGAGUAUUCUGGCUGUCUGCCUGCUGGCUUGUAUUCACUCUGGCAUAAACGCUUACCCAGCCAAGCCGGCCAGUCCCCAGGAAGGCGCACCACCUGAGGAGCUUGCCAAAUAUUAUUCUGCACUAAGACACUACAUCAAUCUUAUUACAAGACAGAGGUACGGGAAAAGAGACACCCCAGAUACUAUAUUUUCAGAUGUGUUGGUGAGGGAGAGCACAGACAAUAUUCCAGAAUCAAACUAUGUCAGGUAUGAUGGGCUGCCACUGUGGUGAUGCUGCUGGAGCUGUCAUAUCCAGACUGACUUUCCCACAAAGCUGCUGCCACAUCUGUUACUGACAUGAAAUGAACUUGUGCUGCAUGUAAUAAACAUUGUGUAAUGCAA